ACUCGUUGCCAUUUCCGUUUUCCCAACCAAAUCAAAAAUGUCCAACUACCCAGCCGAAUUCCAAGGUUUUGCCGUCGAAGACGUUGCCCAGUGGGACCAUCCAAAGCUUACCUCCUACCCACCAAAGGCCUUCCAGGACAACGAUAUCGAUAUCGAAAUUGAAUGCUGCGGUGUCUGUGGAUCCGAUGUCCACACCGUCAGAGGAUCCUGGAGACCUUUGGCCAGCAGGGUUGUAGUGGGCCACGAAAUCAUUGGUAAGGUCAUCAAGGUCGGUUCCAAGGUCACCCACCACAAGCUUGGCGACCGUGUCGGUGUUGGUGCCCAGGCUAAAUCCUGUUUGGACUGUGUCCGUUGUAACACUGACAACGAACAGUACUGUAAAACCGCCGUUUUCACCUACAACUCGACCUAUCCAGAUGGAUACAUCUCCCAGGGUGGCUACGCUUCCCAUGUCAGACUCCACGAACACUAUGCUUUCCCAAUCCCAGACGGCAUCAAGUCGGAGCAUGCCGGUCCGUUGAUGUGUGGUGGUUUGACCGUCUACUCUCCGUUGAAGAGAUUCUUGGAUACUGCCCGUGCCACCAACGCUGACAAGGACGUUACCGUUGGUGUUGUUGGUAUUGGAGGCUUGGGCUCUAUGGCUGUGCAGCUCGCCAAGGCUUUAGGCUACACCAAGGUCUACGCCAUCUCCCGUGGUACCUCCAAGAAAGAAGACGCCUUGAAGAUGGGUGCUGACAGUUUCAUUGCCACCGGUACCGAGAAGAACUGGCAGGGGUCUUACUCAGACACCUUUGACUUGAUCUUGAACUGUGCCUCGUCUAUCGCCGACUUGGACUUGUCAGCCUUCCUUUCCGUCAUGAAGGUUGGUGGUAGCUUCACCUCGGUUGGGUUGGGUCCAGCCGAUCAGUCCUUCUCCGUCUCUCCCCAAACCUUCUACAAGAACUCCUCCAACAUGGGUUCCUCCCUUUUGGGGUCCAGACUCGAGUGUAUCGAGAUGUUAGACUUGGCUGUUAAGCACAAUAUUAUUCCAUGGGUUGAGGAAGUUCCUAUCUCCGAAUCCGGUGUCCACGAGGUGUUAACCAAGUGUGAAAACGGUGAUGCCAGAUAUAGAUACUGUUUGACCAACUUCCACGAAGCUUUCCAGACCGGUAAGAACUAGACGUUCAUUGAUAGAUUGAUAUAAAUUUAAUAGCUUUUCACCAGGGGCUUGUCU